AUGUCUGGCGGAAGCAGCGGUGGGUUCAGGGAGCCUCAAAUUUUCUAGAGGGAUCCGAAAAAGAGUGUUUCUACAGUAUGAAUGUGGGAUCCAAGUUCUGUUACUCGGACAUUGGUAACGCGAACGGGACGCGGACCUGUCGAAGCGUUUCUAGUGACCACUUUAGUAGCCUCGGCACUCUUAAGUGAUCCCUAGAAACGUCCGUUCCGCGUAACCAACGUCCGAGUUAAUGUACUAUAGUCGAUUCAUAGUUAAAUUGGGACGCUAACGGGGCGUGGCAUGUCUGCGCUCUCCACUAACCAGGCACUAUCUCGUAUCGUGUCAGGACCCUUUUUUCGAUGGCUAAAGAAAGCCGUGAAUCAGCUAUAAAAAGGCACGAAAUCCAAAAAGUUCUCACAAAAAAAAGGCGUCUGUACUAUGACGUCAAUAAAGUUCAUUAAAUGACGUCACUCAAAAAAGAAAAAUAGAGCCUAAUUUUCGAAAAAGAACAGCUCUAUUCAACUAAGAUUGAUAACUGAACCUGAAAAAAAAUAGCGGUAAAAGUUAUACUCCUCAGUGACGUCAUUUUCAUUCUUUCAAGUGACGUCAUCGCUAAUCUUCUUCAUAACGUCAUCAAACUAUCUAAUUAAUACCGUGACCUAGUUAGAUUCAUAUAGCUGAUUCACGGCUGUCUGCCAUCAAAAAAAGGGUCCUGACACGAUAAUGCACGAGGUAGUGCCUGGCUUGUGGAGAGCGCAGACAGGCCACGCCCCCUUAGCGUCUCAAGUUAGCCGUUAAUCGGCUAUAAUGACGGAGAGCUUAUAGUCUGUUCAGAUUUUUAAUGUCAAGUACAAUGACGUCAUUCAAAAACACUCUGUGGAUGGCUCGCUCUCUGAUUGGUUUAUCGCACCAUUAGGGGCGGAGCUUGAGCGACAAAUUGAUAUUCAAAAUCUGAACAGACUAUAGAUUUAAGAAAAAAUCGAAACUACACCUCAAACUUCUCAGUAACGUCAUCUGAACUUUCAGUAGAGCAGAAGGCAUCAGAAGACUCACAAGAGUCUCUAGUGGAGUCACAAGAAUCGAAGGAAAAUUGUAAAAAGUCGAAAGAACAAUCGAAAGAGUCGACGGAGGGCUCGAAGGAAUCCAUCGAAAUGACGAAAGAAUCAAAUGAAACGACGACUGAAGCCAAAACCGCUCCCCGGGAAUCGAAAAAACCGUCCAGGGAGACGGAAGUGACUUCCAAGGCGACCAAAGAGUCAAAGGAGACGAAGGAGAAGUCGCGUGGCUCGAAAAAGAGUCCGGAAAGGCCGCAGAGGAGCUCGAAGACGGGCUCGCCGAAAGAGAGGGAGCCCAGGUCGAAGCCGGCCUCCAAAGAAUCGGCAUCGCCGCCGGCCGAGAGCAAAGACAUCAAGCUUCGAUUCGGCACCGACGUCAUCGAGCAUCUCUCGACCAAGCACAAGCUCGACAUCACCGAACUCCUCGGUAACGUGUUCAGGUAGAUGUCGCGACGUCAUUGAUGAGAUUCAGGCGACGGAUCUUACUCACUUGUCGGCAAGGCCUACGACAGGGACAGGAAGGAGACAGUCGCACUCAAAGUCAUCGAUUGCAGGUGAAAAGCUCUAUUCAUUUAGUUGGCCCAAUUGGCUGCGCAUCAACUGAGAGGGUUUAUUGGGGUUGUUAAGAUUUUAGAUCAACGCCCAAAAAUACGGGCUCAAGCUCAGAUAUCUUUCUAAUUAGCUGCGCAUCGACUCAAACUCCGUAUCAAUACAGUAAAAUUGGCUAACACCGAGAUUUUUUCUUGUUUUUCUAACAACAGGUUCCAAAAGGGUUUCUAAUCGACUGCUCAAACUCGUAUCAAUCCAAUAAAAUUCGCUGCACAUCAACUUUCCUACACUUCCAGGGUCACUCCGGCAACGACGGAAUACUUGAAAAAGUUUCUGCCCCGCGAGAAAGUGCUGGUCUUGACCCUGAACCAUCCGAACGUGAUGAAAACGAUGCAGGUGAGUGGGGUUUUGAGGUAACAUGAGCAAUAGUGAGAAGUUUCCAGGUGCUGGAGACGAUCCCAGAGCGAAUGGUUUUCGUGACGGAGUACUGUGCCAAGGGCGACAUGUUGGGCCAACUCAAGAAAGACGGUCCUUAUGAGGAGAAACAGGCCAAGUUCAUCUUCCGGCAGCUCAUGGAGGCGUUGACUGUUGGUUUUUUAUAUUUAUACUUCCUUUUUGGGAUUUUUGACUUUUUAAGAGGGAUCCUUUGGCGGAAAAAAGGUAUAGUCUGUUCAGAUUUUGAAUGUCAAGUUCUCGCUCAAGCUCCGCCCCCUAAUGGCGCGAUAAACCUAUCAGAGAGCGUUUUCGAAUGACGUCAUUCUACAUUCAAAAUCUGAAUGGACUAUAUAAAGUUGUGCACUCUCAGAGGGUUUCUUACUAUUUCGAUGAAUUGAGAGCAUGAAAAAAAAAUAUUCCUAGCUAAUCUCUACAACUAAAACUCCGUAUCAAUUCGAUCAGUUUGGCUGCGCAUCAAAUCUUAUUUGUUCUGCUCACUUCCUCUUACUACUAACUCGUGACUCAUAUCUAGUCUUUUUAAAACCGCUAGAAAACGGAAAAGUUUUUUUUCGUGGCCUCAAAGGAACUUUUCUGAACCUCCUGGAAUCUUCUCGCUUACUUGAUAGUCCGUUUCUCGCUACUUGAAAGGGCGUGACUUCUCUGCGCCCUCUUUAUCUCUCGGCGACUCUCCUAUGUUUACGUGCUGUUUUCAUGUUUCUCUGACCUCGCCGGUGAGGGAACAGAGAGACGCUGACACGCAAAAGUCGCGCCGGAUACAGCCCCUUUCAUUGAAGAAAGCGAAAAAGAUGUACAAAUUUUGAAAAAAAUGUCGCUUGGAAGCCUUUAGAAGCUCUUAACUAACCUUUCAGAAAAAAAUCAGCUUUUUUUCAAGUACCUCGAGGCGAACGAGAUCGUCCACCGGGACCUCAAAUGCGAGAACAUCUUCUUCGACGCCCACGGCAAUGUCAAACUCGGCGAUUUCGGUUUCGCGCGCGUCCUGAAGAGGGGCGAGUACUCGCAGACGUUCUGCGGCAGUCAGGUGUACGUGGCGCCGGAGGUGCUCCUCGCCAAGGACUAUACCGGUCACCAGGUUGGUCUUUGUUGAUGAACAACGACGUCGUGGGGGGUUCAGACGGACGUCUGGAGCGCCGCCGUCAUUCUGUUUGUGAUGGUGACGGCGUCGAUGCCGUUUGACGACACCGACCCUGAAGCGAUGCUCAAUAAGAUGCAGAAACACGACAUCGCGUGGGCAUUUUUUAAAGGCUUUGUAGGGUCACGGAAUUGUCAAAAUCAUUAUAGUUCAUUCAGUCUCGGCAAAGUCGGAAUGGUGGAUAAUGGCCGCUAAAAGGGAGGCUCGAAAAAGGUCGCAAAAAGGCUGCAAAAAGGCGGAAAGACCUCAAAAAGGCUGCAGAAAGGAAGCAAAAAGGGUCCCAUUAUCGAGCUUUCCAUUUUUUAUUCUGGGCUUUUGGAGGCUCAAGAGAGGCAUCAAAAAUGGUGCAAAAAGACUGCAAAAUAGGAACCCUUUCUAACUUUUUUCCACCCUCUCCGGCUUUGCCUAUGAAUGGAGUUUUGAGAGGAUGAAAAAUUUGAAUGUCGAGUCAAACUCCGCCCCUUAUGCUCAGAUCAAACCAAUCAGAGAGCGAGCCAUCCACAGAGCGGUGUAGAGGGCGGAGUUUGACAUUCUAAACAUGAAGAGACUAUGAAAACUUGAGAUUCAACAUGGUCUGCUAGCUAAAAAAAAUUAUCUUCUCAAAAUCAUUUUCACAUGAUGAAAUGACUAUUUCAGGCGAUAACCUUGAAUUUUAAUUUUUCGAAAAUCUGAUAUUUCAAGCGAAAAAAGCUGAUAUUCAAGUUUAAUCAGUUCAAUCAAUCAUGGCCUUCUCGAAAAUCUUUUCAAAAUUUAAAACUUUGACUAUUCCAGAUUCCCGUCAAGUCCCUCAAUUUCGACAAAAGUCAAGGCCCUGAUUAUCGAAAUGUUGCAUCCGAAUCCAUCGUCGAGGCCGAGUUUCAAGCAAGCCUGCGAGAGUGACUGGCUCCGCGACACGAAAUACUCGUUUAAGGUUGGUAUAGUCAAUCCAUCCCGAAUUGAAAGGCGAGGGGGCGGCGAAGUGGGCAAGACGCGUCGCGUGUGCGUACGCGGUUUUUGGCACGAGUUCAAUUCAAUUAGUCGCUGGGGGUUGUUUUGAACUCGUGCCAAGAACCGCGUACGCACACGCUACGCGUCCCGCCUUUCAAGCCGGAAUAAAUUGACUACAUAUUUUGAAGAAAAUGGUUAAGACUCGAACUAAAUCACCUCAAAAUGACCAAAAUUGAGCAAAAUCGUGAAAAAAAAAAUAAAAAAAGGUUGAAGAAAACUCAAGAAAAUCUCUUUUCUGUAAGCUAGCACCAUCAAAAGAGCUUAAACACGUGAAAUCUUGUUCAAAUUGUUAAAAAAUGCCGGCUUAAAACAUCGAAAAAGAGUCUUGAAACGAUAAAAAAAAUAUAUAUUUCACGGUUUAUGGAGAGCGCAGACAUUGCCACGCCCCCUCAAGCCAACCGUGAACUUUCAAUAAAAAUAUUAACAAGAAUUGAAAUUAUUUGAACACAAAAAAGUCCGAACCUGGUCAUUUUCCUCCAAUUUUCUCGAUAAAUCUUGUUUUUCCCAAUGACAUUGUUUCAACUGAACACUUCCUAAAAUGAAAAAAAAAGCUUUUUCCCUAUAAUUUUCUUCCAGACAGCGCAAAAGUCCACGAUAAGAGCCAAAUCAGUGAGCCGCGACACGAAAAGGGACACGACAAAGUCGAAAAAGUCCCCGUCAAACGGACCAAAAGCUCCGACGGCCCGGGAUCACAAGAAGAGCAAGGACAAUGUAAGUUUUAAUCAUUUUUGAAUCAAAAAAAAAACAGCCAAAAAGGAAGUUUUGUGAGAAAAUGAAACGCAUUUUGCGUCGAUCGGUUUCAGUAAAUGCUCAUUUCUGGCAGAAAACUCAAUUUUUUUUUUGUCUCUCGGCUUGAAAAUUAAUAUUCACCUUACGGAAUCACUUUCAGAUCUCGGUCAAAAAGGCCAAACCAAUGUCCACUCGGCCAAAAGUUGCGACGGCACGCGACCAUAAGAAAAGCAGAGAAGCCGUUAGUUUCAUCAUUCUCAAAUUGAAAACUCUUAGCCGGUCGAAACUUGCCUACUUUUCGGCUACAAUAAUUCGAAAAAAAUAAAAAAAUAUAAAUUCUUUUUUUAGAGAAUGUAUUAUAUUUUCCAGCUAUUUUUAAGAGUAACGAAAAAUGAUUCCAGACUUCGGAAAAAGAAGUCCAAAAGCACCAUCAAGUCGGCCAAAAAAACUGCGACGGCACGGGAUCAUAG